AUGCGGGCUCAUAGGUUUCCCGCUACCUUGCUACUGUUGCUAUUCGCAAUAGAAGCCUUGGACGCAAACCGAAGAAAGCAGAAAGAGAAAACACUCCCCGCAAUCAUAAACAUAUGUGACAUCAAUGACAGAGAUUCUAAAGUCCAUUGCUACUGCGAACACAGUCAAGACAUCAACGAAGCGGAAAAAACAGAAUGCUGGGUAUUCAACGGAGGGAUGCUAAAAACCGAUCCAUUAUGGACAAGCUUUACGUCUCAGAUAAACAUUCAAACUUUAGCCUUCAACGUCAGAGCGGAUGGCGGAUUAGAUUUCGUCCCGACAAAAGUAUUACUAUACCUGAGGAAAUUGAAAAACUUCAGCAUAAAGUACAGUUCCAUACCAAAGAUAGAAACGAAUACUUUUGUAAAUCUCACAUCAAUCCAAGAGAUGACGCUUACAAAGAACAAAAUUGCCAUACUGGGCAAAUAUUCAUUUUCUAACAUGCCAAACCUAACAGUGCUCACUUUAGACGAGAAUAGGAUAACAGAGCUCGUAACCGACACGUUUUAUGAACUCCCAGCACUACAAAAACUUUAUCUCACUAACAAUAACAUAACUGUUAUACAAGAUGGAGCAUUCGGGCAUCUCGUGAACUUACUAGAAUUAGAAUUGGAUAGAAAUAAUAUAAGCGAACUUAGAAAAGAGUGCUUUGAUGGCCUCGCCAACCUUAAGAGACUAGAUUUACGGAGAAAUAAACUAGCUGUACUCAAGUCAUUUACUUUUACCGAAUUGUGGAAUCUGCAGGAAUUGUUAUUAGACUAUAAUGAAAUUUACAUAUUGGGUCAAAGGACAUUUGAUGGAUUAUCUCAGUUAAGGAAAUUAAGCUUAAGUCACAACAAACUCGUUACUUUGGUCGCCGGGCUUUUUGAGGGCGUCAGGGGACUCUCAGCUUUGGAUCUUAGAUUUAACAAACUUCAGAGAUUUACAUUUGACAACCUACGCCCUAUUUACGAUAACUUGAAGAACAAAAAUAGCUUCAUUUUCUUAGAAGGAAAUGAAUUUGAGUGCGACUGCCAUCUGGCGUGGAUGCAUAGACUCCGACACGAAGCGAAGAGCGUGAAAGUGCGCACCUCUCUGGAAAAUUUCGUUUGUAAAUUUAAUAAUCCCGCCCUGAAUUCACACUUCGCAUACUUCGAAAGGAGCGUUAUUAGUUCAAACAAUUUGUUCGAGGCUGAUGACAAGCGUGACAUAAAGGACUACCCGGAGACCAGCGACGAUUUUUUCCACGAAGAAAUAGACGACAACUAUGUAGAGGAGUCGAAAUUGGCGAAAAAGGAAAACGAGCGGACGUUGCUACAGAUACCCGUUGAGUUGCUCCCUUGUCCGCAGGACGUCAAAACGGUUACAGACAGGACGUAUACUUAUCCUUCGCAAAAUGAAGCAAAAGAUUAUAGAAAUCUUAUCCUGGCCUCGAUGUCAACGACAGUUGGAGUACAUUUGUGUGUUUUCCUUUUCCCUCUGCUAUUAUUAAUAGGGUAACGUCCUUGGAUUUGAUAUAUCGUUAAAAAAUACGAUAUGCUUAUUAAAUUACGGACCACUUCUUUUUGUAAGGAGGUACUCGAACUAGAGUAGUCGAUUUAUUACGCUGUGCUUUUUAUUUACCGUCGUCGUGUUUGCACCCGAAACAGGAUAAAGUUAUGUUUCGUUCUUGUUUUGUUUGUUUUUCAUUUCCAGUGUAAAAUAUUCAAGCUUUCUUGGAUUUUUAAAAUAAUA